UUGUGUUCACGGGACGAAAGAAACAUUGUCAACCUCCCACCCUACAUCUAGGUCUCCUUCAUUUAUUGAACGAGCUGUCCGACCCUCGAAAUGACCAGACGCCCUAUCAGAAUCGGAAACUCUUCAGGUGCGACUGGAGAUGGCCCCGACCAGAUGUAUCGGUUGGCAACAGAGGGCCCAGUAGAUGCCAUUUACGGGGAUUACCUGGCAGAGCUGAACAUCGCCUGGCGUGCACUUGAGAUGAUUGACCACCCAGAGCUGGGAUAUGAGGUCGCUGCUCUCACGCAGCUCAAAUGGAAGACAGCUGCACAGGAAAUUGCAAGCAAAGGAAUCCGUGUGGUCCAUGACGGAGGCGCCUUGAAUCCCCGCGGACUUUACCUGGAGACCAAAAAAUACUUCGCAGAUCUAGGUUUAGAUGUGAAGGUUGCUUGGGUUGAGGGCGACAAUAUCACAGAUCACGUUAAAGCAGACACCAAUCUGUUUCCUCACCUUGACAUCUCGGACAAGAAAUUAGGUGACGUGAAGAAUAACAUUCUGACAGCGAAUGCGUACAUUGGAAUGAAAGGAAUCAUAGCCGCUCUCAAUGAUGGCGUACAGGUCGUCGUAUGUGGACGCUGCUGCGAUGCAUCUCCUGUCAUGGCAUUGGCGGCCUGGUGGCAUGGAUGGUCCGACACCGAAUACGACAAGCUUGCUGGGGCCUUGAUGGCGGGACACGUUACAGAGUGUGGUCCAUAUACGACAGGCGGCAACUUCUGUGGCUUCAAAGCCAUACCAAACCUCAUCAAUGUCGGCUAUCCUAUAUGCGAGAUCUCUGGUGACGGAUCCUCCAUCAUCACUAAACACGACGGCACCACCGGAGCUGUAACGGUAGACACUGUGACUGCUCAACUCGUGUACGAGAUCCAAGGGCCGAAGUAUCUCAAUCCCGACGUCAUCGCCCACCUCGAAGAUAUCAAGAUCGAGAAGGUUGGGGAUAAUCGCAUCAAACUGUCUGGUAUGAAAGGCUCGCCUCCACCACCGACAACAAAGUUGGCUGUGUGCACGAUGGGCGGGUAUCAAGCUGAAUUGUAUUUCCUUGCCGUGGGACUGGAUAUCAAAGAGAAGCUGGACCUUCUACGCGCCCAACUAAUGGACGGAAUAGAUGAGUCCCGCUACUUCAAGCUCUCCCUUGAAGCGUAUGGCACUUGUCCGGACGACCCGAAAUCGCAACGGGAAGCGACGGUGCACUUGAGACAGUUUAUUCAGGCGCCUACGAAAGAAGCCAUUGAAGACUUUAAACAGCAUUUCUGGGGAUUGGUGAUGACAGGGUAUGGAGGAUACCAUCUGAACAUGGAUCUCCGAACCUUGGCUCCCAAGCCCUUUAUCUCGUACUUCCCAGCUCUCGUACCACAGAGUACGCUCAAUACCAAGGCUCACGUGGAGGACAAAGUGAUAUCCGUAGAGUCCGUGCCGGUCACAGUACCCUUCGCUGGUCAGGAUUCAUACGAUCCCAAGACGGUCACUGAUUUGAGCACCUUCGGUACUACGACGAAGGCCCACCUCGGCAAGGUCGUGCUAGCACGUUCCGGAGACAAGGGCGGGAAUGCCAAUGUCGGGCUGUGGGUACGCAAUGAUGACGAGUGGCCAUGGUUGCAGUCGUUUCUGACCAUUGACACAUUCAAAUAUCUCCUUGGCGAUGACUACAAGCCCGAGUAUCGUAUUGAACGAUUUGAGAUGCCAUACAUUCGUGCUGUCCACUUUGUUACCUACGGUAUUCUUGAAGACGGCAUUAGCUCCACGUCAGUCCUGGACGGGUUGGCUAAGAGCUUCGGCGAGUUCAUUCGAGCGCGUAAAGUUGAUAUUCCCGACAAGUUUUUGGAGAGACCUGCAGUCGGGGAGUAUUUGCAUUGAACAAGAACAUGUCGUGGGUAGCUUUGAAAGGGCACAAAUUCUAGUUCAACCAAAUCAGCACCAGUGAAAGGGGAGUGUAAACUCGUAUUCUUAUCAAAUGCUCUAUACCUAGCGUCUAUGAUCUCCACACGAUCCCGAUAAUAGAAGACGACUAAAAGACAUCGUCAGCAAACUGAACGAAUAACGAAGAAGAGAAAAAAAUAGGUUCAGUAGGAACAAUUGAUAUUGACAUAAAUUUCACAAAGAUUUCAC